GACCUUUGUAAUCCAGUCAGAUUAAGAAGACUAUUGAUACACAGUUUUUUCCUGCAUAAUUUACGUAGAUACAGUUUAAAUACUUCGCUUUUAUUAUCGUAAAAUGAUCCCCAUCAUAUCAACUGAUCACGAAUCAUCUGCUGAAGCUAUAAAUGGUAGGAAAUAUAAUUAUCAUGGGACAUACCUUAGUGAACAAUCAUCCGUUCAAGACUCGACAGAUAACUUAACAACUUCUAAAGUACCUGAAAUCACACAGCAAGCACAAUCUAAUUCAUUUCAGAAUAACGAAAAUAACAUACAUACAUCUGAAGUAUCUUGCGCUACUACGUCAUCAAACUUGGAUAAUGUUACUUCCAAUGAGGCUAAGUCGACUUUACAUUCCUUGGCGUAUCGUUCCCCUGCUCCAUUUUGGUACGAACCAUUAGCUAUCGCCGCAAACCAUGCUUGCGACUAUACAAUUAAAAUUACUUUAGAAAUGGCUAAAUCUGGUCAAGCUCCUAGACCAGUCCGUGUGUAUGCUGAUGGAGCAUAUGAUAUGUUUCAUUCUGGCCAUGCUCGUCAGUUAAUGCAGGCGAAGUGUGCCUUCCCUGAUACAUACCUUAUUGUUGGUGUCUCUAAUGAUGCAGAUGUUCACCAUUAUAAGGGUCGUACAGUCAUGAAUGAGAAAGAGCGUUAUGAAGCUAUAAGACAUUGUCGUUAUGUGGAUGAAGUUGUAAAUGAUGCUCCUUGGUCUAUUACUGAUGAAUUUUUGCAGAAACACAAGAUUGAUUUUGUUGCACAUGAUGACAUUCCAUACGCAUCACCUGAUAGUGAAGAUGUGUACAAACCAUUGAAAGAUGCUGGCAUGUUUCUUGUAACUCAACGUACAGAAGGAAUUUCUACUACUGAUGUAAUUGGACGUAUUGUACGUGAUUAUGAUGUUUAUUUAAGAAGGAAUAUACGACGUGGUUUGUCCAGAAAAGAUUUAAACAUUAGUUAUAUGAAAGAAAAAAGUAUUCAGUUACAAGAUAAUCUUGAAAACAUGAUGAAACGUGGCUCUACUUUUAUUCAAAAUUUUGAUAGUAAACGUCGUGAAUUCGUUGAUCAAUUAGAAGAUAUUUCACAUGAAGUUGUUCGUUCAUUUAUGCGUAUUUUUGGUUCUGAUGGUCAUUUACGUCAUUGGUGGUCAUCACGUCGUUGUAAAAGACCUAUAUCAUCAUUAAAUUCAACUUUUUAUACACCCCAAACAUCACCAACAUGUAGCGCUAGCGAAGAUGAUGAUGAUGAGGAGGAGGAAGAACCAUAUAGUAAAAAGUCAAGAAAAUGUUAUAGUAUGACAAUGUAUGGGUCACAUUCCAGUAGUUCAUUUACUGAUUCUGAUGAACAGAUGAAUGAACAAAGAAUAUUAUUAUGUAAAAAACGACCACGUGUCAGUGGUGAUGAUUACCUAUCAACAUUUCAAACUGAGACUACUAUAACUAAGAAUACUACUACUAUAAACAGAUUUACGAAUGAAACUCGACGUAAUUCCUUCUCGCGACAAGGAUCCAAAAGUGAACCUAGGUCACGUAGAAACAAUUAUCGCAGUCUACGUUAUUGCACAGGAAGAAAUUAAAUCAUUUACCGAACAGAAAUGGUCUUUUAAAAGUGAUCAUCAUUCAGGUUUCUUUUUUUACAUAAUUCUUUCUUGUGUGGUUCAUUCUGUCCAUUUUUUGCAUAACAAUAGCUAAAGUGGUAUGGUGCGAUGUGAUUUCAAUGAACAGUUUGUACGUAUCACAUCGAAUAAAUUCACCAUUUAUUUCUGAAUGUAAUGAUGAUGUUCAUGAUUACAAAUCCCUAUUGUUUUAUGCAGAUAAGUCGAUGACAUAAUUUCUGUGAGGAAAUAUAAACAAAGUUUGUGGUAAUAAAUUUCCACCUUUGUAUAUUUACUUUGUAUGUGUGUAUAAUUGUUUGUUUUAAUUGAUAUUUCUUGUUCCAAGUGUAAGUUCCUAUGUAAGCGGGAUGAAAAAUUUUGCUUUAAGUUAAUAAAUCAGGCCAUAUUUAGUUUUAAUUUCUUGAUGUAAAAACAAAUUGUUUGUGUUGUGUAUGCCUACGGAGAAUGAUUGGCUUGUACACUUUUUGAAGAAAAAAAAAACAUUUUACCCAAUUGUUAUUAAAUAGGACUGAAAAUUGUGUUUCAACUAAUUUUAGCGGUUAAAAUACCAAGAUUUUGUUCGUUUCACUGAUCUGAUCUGCUUCUGGAAAACCCUGGAAUUAUUCAAACCUAAACCAUUGUGAUUAUGA